ACCUUCUCUCACACUAUAAAUGCAUCUUCACCAUUACUAAAUCCUUCAUAUCCACUUAAAUUCACUUUAAAGGAUGUGAAUCUUCCCAUCUCUACAAUUAUGGAGGUGCAACUUUCUGCAUUCACCGGAGGUACAAAAUCAAGUUCAACCUUCUUGUCUCCUGCAAUACAACAUACACAAGUAGUAAGAAGGGAAGGGAAAGGAAGAAAACAUGUGGAGUUAAGUGACAUUGACAGAAAUAGGGCAGUUGAGAUCCUUUUAGCAAAGUCAGUGAAUGGAGCACUUAAAGGUGGACUAAUUGCAGCAGUAGCUACUGAGUUCAAUGUUUCAAGACGUGCAAUGGCUACACUAUGGAAAAAAGUGCAGAGACAGCUGAAAGCUGAGUAGGAUAUAAACUUCAUGCCUAAAAGGAGGGGGAGUGUUGGUAGAAAAAGAAUUCAACUUGACCUGCAAAAGAUAAAAAGACAUUCCUAUUUACAGAAGAAGCACACUAAAAUCUUUGGUAGUAGACGUCAAUUCAUCAAAAUCUACCGUCCAUAGGUGUGUGAAGAGGAAUUCUAUAAAAAGACACUCAAAUGCAGUGAAGCCUCUAUUGACAGACAAAUGUAAGAGAUUAAGAAUGCAAUUCUAUUUAAUUCAUUUAGUUCGUAACUCAUUUUUAUCAUUGAACCUAAA